CUCUGCUGUUUUCAAGUCUCGGCACUACUCAAGCUUCCAGAAGCAUCGAUCAGUCGAUCGAUGUUUCUCGGUUUUAGGGUUCCGAGCUUGGUGGGAUGUUGGAGGGCCCGAAAGUAUGCGGAGCGCGUGGAUUUUCUCAUUCUGCGAAUUUAGGAUGACGUCGAGAAUAGGGCAACGUUUGUUACGAAGAGCCCUACAGUUGGUUGGGACUGAACCGAUUUCUAGUGCAACCUCUUCUUCAGUAUCCAACUAUGUUGUCACAAUUCCAAGGAUUUAUGCUCCAGCCGCUCCUUUUGAACCAAGUUUACCUAGGACGACCAUCAGAGCCUUACACCUAUCUCAUAUCAGAUAUUUGUGCAGUGCACCGAAGGAUUUAAACCCCAGUAGUAGCUCUAUUAGUGUACAAGAUAAUGGCCCGGACAACGUAUUGACCACACCAGAAGACGAAAGGGACCACCAAAAACCAUCUCCGAGACACGACCUUGCUAUGCUUUUUACGUGCACGGUUUGUGAUACACGAUCUGCGAAGACAAUGAGUCGUGUCACUUAUGAGACUGGAAUUGUGAUUGUACGUUGCCCCAACUGCCGGAACUUGCAUCUGAUUGCCGACAGGCUGGGCUGGUUUGGUGAGCCAGGCAGUGUUGAGGACUUUCUGAGGCAUCAGGGAGUUUCUGUACGAAAGGGCAACGAGUCGAGCUAUGAGUUUUCGGUUCACGAUUUGACUGGAUGGACCCCACCUAAUCAGAGCAAGGGUUGAUCACUUCCUGUGGCUGUUGCAUUUUUUCAAUUUUCCAAUUUCUGUUUGUUUCAAGGGCAGCGGUUAGAAUUGCUGGUUGUGCUCCUCAUAGAGUUUCUUUUUCAUCUUAAAAGAUAUUGGAGUCCAUGUCCAUCCAGAGAAUGGUGGAGGCAAUAUCAAAAAUUAGCUGGUGAUAGUGCGAGGCAAUGUGAUUUCGAGGGCGGCUUGAAAAAUGCUCAUUAAAUAUAGAAAAGUAGACGAUACUUAAUACUGAAAGACUCUGCAAGGACAACAUCAACAUUGUCUGUUGGUCAGGGUGGAUCCCGACUUCGCCUACCGGGAACUUUUUCCAAUUACGAAUGCGUGUACUUGCCGCAAUGAACAAGAGCUUCUCAUUUUAGAGGCACAAUCUCAAAUCCA